AUGACCCUCGUUUCAUAUAUUUCCGAUACCAAGAAGAAAACAUGCACGGUGUUAAUUUCCUCGAUGCACUCAUCCAGUAGCAUCGAUCCUGAGACUGGAAAUAAAAAGAAACCCACUAUCGUGGCUUAUUACAAUGGCGCGAAAGGUGCUGUUGACACAGUAGACCAAAUGAGAGGGAAGUUCAAUGUUGCGAGGGCUAGUCGGAGGUGGUCUCUUACUUUAUUUUUUGCCAUCAUGAAUAUUGUUAUGAUCAAUUCAGUGGUGAUCUACAAUUGCGACUCUCUAUUAAAAAUGAAACGUAAAGAUGUCAUUGAAAAUGUUGGACGUGCAUUGACAAAAUCUCUACUAGAAAUUAGAGCUCGAAAACCUCAUAUUCUCACUAAUGUUCGUCAGCUAGCAAGGAAGUGUCUAGGUUUGCCUCAGGACAUUCCAGCCGUGGAGGCGAAGAAUCGUGGUCUUUGUGCUUAUUACCCUUCUCGAAAGAGUAGGAAAACUAUUUCUGAGUGUGUCUCAUGCUCAGAAUUAAUUUGUGAAGAAGACACAAUCAAGAUCUGCGCUGCUUGUUAUCAGAAAGUCAUUUUUCCCACAGAGGAUUUGGAAGACUAA